AUGGCCUCGGACCAAGGCGCAUUCCAGCUCAAGGAGCAUGGCUCUCAGUCCUUUGACACUCGCCCAACCCAACAACAAGGAACUCCCUUUCAAGGGAACAUCGAGCCUAACCCCGUUCAAUCUGCUCAAGACGCCCUGUACAACAUGGCAAAUACGAUGCGAGAAGUUCAUAACUUACUGGCCCAACAUCAAUGUGACCAGGUAUCCAUCCACUUGACCUGGUGGAAGCAAGCCUAUCAGCAAGAAGUCGAAAAACUCAACCACGCACUCGAGAUCAACAACGCACUAGCACGAAACCUCGAGAAGCUUCGUUCCGAGAGGGAUUAUUUCAGAGAUGAAGCUGCUAGACACCGGGAAAACGCACAAAGCGCAGUCAGUACUGCAGCUGCAAUCGCUGCACGCAUCGAACUACUUCAAAGGGAGAAACACGACACUAAUGACAGGCCCAUCGCUGCAGUUGAUGAUGCCCAAGUUGAUAACCUACGAAGGCAGGUGGAGCCCUUCCAAGCUACCCUAUAA